GGAUAUUGCUGAGGAUAUCUGCAUGUCUCACUGUAGCCAGCUGGCGAUGAGCUCCGCCGGUGUAACAUUUGUGGAUCAAGUGAAAGAAUAGAAUAGUAAAAAUUAGGUGUAAUAGGAUAGUAGUAGGAGGAGGAGUAAGAGUAGGAGUAGUGUCUAAAGGCCUAUAUAAAUUACUAUCUACCAUCAUGCACGUUCUCCUCCUCGCCGUCCCUCUUCUGGCCAAUUUCCUGCCUCUCAACGCCCUCCCUCUCAACGACUACGGCGAUUAUGGCAGUUACGCCAACUACGGAUCCUACGGACUGACCUCUUCUACCUCUUCCACCUCUUCCACCACCUCAACCACUACUGAAACGGCGUCCACUGUGGGGGAGAAAGUCAAGCGAGACGGAUAUGGGAAUUACGGCAACUAUAUCAACUAUCCAGCCAGUUACGCCGGCUACGGUAGUUAUGGAGAGACAACCUCAGCAUCUACCACUGCUCCUACUUCUACCAAAACAUCAGCCUCGACGACUUCUACUUCUACCGAAACAUCUAGCACUGUCGCCAAGAGAGAUGGAUAUGGCAGUUAUGCCAACUAUGGAACCUAUCCGGCCAGCUAUGCUGGCUACGGCAGUUACGGAAUGACAACCUCUACCUCUACCUCUGAACCAGCAUGCACUGUCGCCGACCAUAACGUCAAGAGAGAUGGGUACGGGUCGUAUGCCAACUACGGCUCAUACGGCCAAUCUCCCACGACUACCGACUCGACAACUCUUCCGGAAUGUACAGUCACGGCUGACAAGCGGGACAUGGCAGAUCGUGCCGUGACGGGGGAGGACGCCGAUUACGGUGACUAUGGCGACUACGGUAACUAUGGAGACUAUGGCAAUUAUCUUUCCUAUCCUGUUCCUCCGAGCACCGCUUCCACUUCCACUGCUUCUACUUCCACUGCUUCUAUCUCCACUGCUUCUAGCACCACAGCAAGUGGUUCGGCAUAGAGAGAGAUUAUCUGGAGAUGCAACUCCGCAUGAAGGUAUUAGGUAGAAUGGGUGAUUCGAAUUUAGUUCAAUUGAGUAUCAUGAUAUCAGUAUACCUACCCUCAUUGCUUGGCUAGCACGAAAAGACACUCUAAACAAGCCACCCUGGUAGUUGGAGUGCUACUCCGUGGUGUGACCAAAUAGUCAAUUUAGGAGUAAUUACCUGUGUAUCACUUGGCAGGGGCUUGAGUAACAGGCAGAGUGUUGUGUACCUACACCAUGUCCCUAGGCGAAAAAGUAAAGACAGCCUAGGACUUUUCACCGUUAUAAAACUCAUAUUCAUCACCCACACACGGCUCAGAU